UGACCCCAGUGAUUGCUCUUCCCCUCCAGUCCUGUGACUCUAGCCCCGGCUGCCUUUGGGGUCUCGUUGGUCUAAACUUCCCCAGGAAGAUGUGGGGGAGGCUCUGGGCCCUCCUCUUCAGUUUCCUCACAGUAACAGCAGUCCCUGGACCCUCGCUGCGGAGACCAUCCCGAGAGCUGGAUGCCACCCCACGGAUGACCAUCUCCUAUGAAGAGCUCUCCCAGGCCCGGCACUUCAAGGGCCAAGCCCAGAACUACUCAACACUUCUGCUGGAGGAAGCUUCGGAAAGGCUGCUGGUGGGAGCUCGAGGCGCCUUGUUCUCUCUCAGUGCCCGUGACGUCGGAGAUGGGGCUCACAAAGAGAUCCACUGGGAGGCCUCCCGAGAGAUGCAAAGCAAGUGUCAUCAGAAAGGGAAAAACAACCAGACGGAGUGCUUCAACCACGUGCGGUUCCUACAGCGGCUCAACGCCACCCACUUUUAUGCAUGUGGGACCCACGCCUUCCAGCCUCUCUGUGCAGCCAUUGACGCCGAGGCCUUCAUCUUGCCUACUAGCUUCGAGGAGGGGAAAGAGAAAUGUCCUUAUGACCCAGCCCGUGGCUUCACAGGCCUUAUCAUCGAUGGAGGUCUCUACACAGCUACUCGGUAUGAAUUCCGGAGCAUCCCUGACAUCCGCCGCAGCCGCCACCCACACUCUCUGAGAACUGAGGAGGCACCCAUGCACUGGCUCAAUGAUGCUGAGUUUGUAUUCUCUGUGCUGGUGCGGGAGAGCAAGGCCAGUGUCGUGGGUGACGAUGACAAGAUUUACUACUUCUUCAUGGAACGUGAAGAAGGUUCUAGCAGCUUCACUCAGAGUCGCAGCAGCCACCGUGUGGCUAGAGUAGCCCGUGUGUGCAAGGGAGAUCUAGGAGGGAAAAAGAUCCUACAGAAGAAAUGGACAUCCUUCCUGAAGGCGCGUCUCAUCUGCCACAUUCCACAGUAUGAGACACUGCGUGGCGUCUGCAGCCUGGAUGCCGAUGCAUCGGCCCACACACACUUCUAUGCAGUCUUCACACUGACAACACAGUGGAAGACCCUGGAGGCUUCAGCCAUCUGCCGCUAUGACCUGGCUGAGAUGCAGGCUGUCUUCACAGGCCCCUUCAUGGAGUACCAAGAUGGUGCCCGGAGAUGGGGCCGCUAUGAGGGUGGGGUGCCUGAGCCCCGGCCUGGCUCGUGUAUCACAGAUUCAUUGCGCAGCCGAGGCUACAACUCAUCCCAAGACUUGCCAUCCCUGGUCCUGGACUUUGUGAAGCUGCACCCACUGAUGGCUCGGCCUGUGGUACCCACACGUGGGCGGCCCCUGCUGCUGAAGCGCAAUGUACGCUACACACAUCUCACGGGAACACACGUCAGCACACCUGCUGGACCCACCUAUGACCUGCUCUUUCUGGGCACAGCUGAUGGCUGGAUCCACAAGGCCGUAGUCCUGGGCUCUGGGAUGCACAUUAUCGAAGAGAUACAAGUGUUCAGGGAGCCCCAGUCUGUGGACAAUCUAGUCAUCUCUCCCAUGCAGCACAGCCUCUAUGUGGGGGCUGCUAGUGGAGUCAUCCAGUUUCCUCUGUCCAGCUGUUCACGCUACCAUUCCUGCUACGACUGCAUCCUGGCACGGGACCCCUACUGUGGCUGGGACUCCAGCACCCAUACCUGCAUGGUGGCCACCACCGUAGCCAACAGGACAGCACUGAUACAGGACAUAGAGAGAGGAAAUCGAGGCUGUGAAAGCAGCAGGGAUACAGGACCGCCACCACCACUGAAGACUCGCUCUGUGCUCCGGGGUGAUGAUGUCCUCCUGCCUUGCGACCAGCCAUCUAACCUGGCCCGAGCUUUGUGGCUACUCAAUGGGAGCAAGAGCCUGAGUGACGGGCAGGAUGGCUACCGCGUGGGAGUGGAUGGGCUGCUGGUAACAGACACGCAGCUGGAGCACAGUGGCAACUAUGGCUGCUAUGCCGAGGAGAAUGGUCUCCGUAUGCUGCUGGCUUCCUACAGCCUCACUGUCCGGCCAGCCACCCCUGCCCCGGCUCCACAAGCCCCUGGCAUGCCCGGGGCACAGCUGGCACAUGACAUGAGGUUGUUCUAUGUGGUAGCCAUCGCUAUACUCGGUGGCCUGUGCCUCAUCCUGGCAUCUUCCCUCCUCUAUGUGGCAUGCCUGAAGGAAGGCAGACGAGGUCGAAGGCGAAAGUACUCAUUAGGUCGGGCUGGCCGGGCGGGGGGCUCAGCCGUGCAACUGCAGACAGUCUCAGGCCAGUGUCCUGGAGAAGAAGAUGAAGGUGAUGAUGGAGAGGGGCCUGGGGGCCUGGAGAGUGGCUGCCUCCAGAUCAUCCCUGGGGAAGGAGCCCCAGCCCCACCCCCUCCACCGCCACCCCCACCCCCGGCUGAGCUGACCAAUGGAUUGGUGGCACUGCCCAGCCGGCUGCGGAGGAUGAAUGGCAAUAGUUAUGUGCUCCUGAGGCAGAGCAACAAUGGAGUGCCAGCGGGGCCCUGCUCCUUUGCAGAGGAGCUCAGCAGAAUCCUGGAGAAGAGGAAGCACACACAGCUUGUAGAGCAGCUAGACGAGAGCUCAGUUUGAGCCUAGCUUCCCAAACAAAUGCUCUUCCAAGCCAGCCUGUCUGCCCUGGGCUGGGCCUCUG